AUAGACUAGUAAAGCAUUUCUCAAAUAAGUAUGCAAAUAAGUGUGGGCUACUUGCGAUACAAGGAUCGGUAGUUUCUAUUUUUGAGAAAGGAUCGAUUAUCCAUUUCCAUUGAUGAUCCUGGUUUGUUAAAUUUUUCUCCUUCACUUUCUCUUUCUCUGCUCUCUUCUUCGUGGUAGGGUUUCCAAUGGAGGACGAGGACAAGGAGAGGAAGAAGCAGAAGAACUAUCCGCCUCUGCCUUCCAACUACGUCACGCUCGUUCACCUCCAGCAACAAUGGCUCAAAGAGAAAGAGCGGAAGCAGAGAGAUAAGGAAGAAGAGGAAGAACGGCAACGAAAGCUUGAGCUACAAAAAAAGCUUGAGGAAGAACAGAAGCGAAAGCUUAGACCUCGGGGUCUUAAAGGAGGGACUCGCAUCGAUUACGAGCGGGCGCGUGGGAAUCGGAAGUCAUAUUGGCAACCAAAUCGCCGGGAGGUGGAGGUGAGCCCUGCGAAGUCCGAGGAAGCGGAGGUUGUUGAUACGGUGAAUGUGAGUGCUGAGCAGGAGCAAAAGAGCGAGGAAUCGAAGGAGUCGGCGCGUGGGUAUCGGAAGUCAUAUUGGCAACGAAAUCGCCGGGAGAUGGAGGUGAGCCCUGCGAAGCCCGAUGAAUCGGAGGUUGUAGCGGUGGUUAUUGAUACGGUUAAUGUGAGUGCUGAGCAGGAGCAAAAGAGCGAGGGAUCGAAGGAGCCGGCGCGUGGGUAUCGGAAGUCAUAUUGGCAACGAAAUCGCCGGGAGAUGGAGGUGAGACCUGCGAAGCCCGAUGAAUCGGAGGUUGUAGCAGUGGUUAUUGAUACGGUUAAUGUGAGUGCUGAGCAGGAGCAAAAGAGCGAGGGAUCGAAGGAGCCGGCGCGUGGGACACGGAAGUCAUCUGGGCGACAAUAUCACCGGAGGGUGGAGGUUAGCCCUGCGAAGCCCGAGGAAUCGGAGGUUGUAGCGGUGGUGGCUGAGACGGUGAAUGUGAGUGCUAAGCAGGAGCAAAAGAGCAAGGAAUCGAAGGAGGAGGAGGAGAAAAAAGAGUGGAGGGGGAAGGAGAAGAAGACGCGGAAGAAGAAGGGGGGAAUGAAUCACAGGGCAAAGAAGGAGGAAGAAGAGAAGAAGGAGGUGACGGACGGUAUGGCAAACGCCCCUCGCGUGAUUAGCGAGAAGGAGAAUGCUCCAGCGAAAAGGGGCGGUGAAUCGAAGGGAACGAAGAGUGAAUUCAGGCGUAGGACAGAGAGUGGGGAUCAGAAGGCGGAGAUUGAACGGAGAUUUGGGGAUUUAUCGAUAAACAGUGGGAUAGAAAGUGUAAAUGUUAGGGCAGAGGAGAAAGAGGAGAAGAAGGAGGCGACAGACGGUAUUGGGAUAGAAAGAGUGAAUGUUAGAGCGACUAGGCUGAACAUUCACUCUCACCGGGUUGUUAAUCGCGGUAACAGGGAGUACAUUAACAGGGGUCAUAGGGCUUCUGGUGCUCGCUGGGAAGUACGAAACCAAAGCGGUGUUGGAAGGGUUUGGGUGAGGAAAGGAGAGAUUCCUGAUUGUAAUGCUGGUGGGGUUCGGAGCUCCAAGUGAUUGGAGUGGUUGGAAAUGCUUUGCGGUUUUGUGGAGUGGUGCUGAGUCUGGGAGAAAUUUUGAGCUUAAAGUGAAAUCGGAAAAGUAACAGUUGCCAAAAAUCAAUGCAGAAGAUGAUCUAUUAUUAGCAACAAAUUAUACUACCCUCUGAAAUUGUAUUGUUAAACAUGAAACAAUUUUAUGCUGUAGCUACCCUUUUACAUGGUUUUCUUCUGAAAAAUAGUACUUCUUGUGAAAGAAUGGCAUAAACUCAAUAACU